AUGGAGAGGCUACCGACGUCCCCUGCCAUCGCCACGGAACAACCACCGAGGCCGAGGGCCUCCACCCGCAACCGCAAGCGCGCGCCCGUCGUCAAGUCGGACUCGGCGCCGGUGAAGAGGAAGAGAUCGCAAAAAGCGCAGGCGCAGCAGCCCGCACCCAAGGCCGUCGGCGACAGCGACUCUAUGUUGGUCGGCGAGCCAUUCCCCGCCGAGGAGGCGCACAGCAGGUGGCCCAAUCGAUACAUGCGCCAACGCGGCCCAAAGAGGAGGAACGCCGCCGCCGAAGAGGAGGUGACGGCGAGGUUGCACUACCGAUCAGCCAAGGUCGACGACACCAUCUACAACAUUGGCGACGACGUCUAUGUAACGGCCGGAGAAGAUCUGCCGGACUACAUCGGCAGGAUAACAGAGUUCUUUGAGGGCGUCGACAAUGGCCGCUACUUAACGUGCCGGUGGUUCUUCCGUCCACAAGACACAGUGAUAUCCAGCAAGAAACUUGUCCAUGACCACACCCACCAUCCCAGGCGUGUCUUCUUGUCCGAUGAAAGGAAUGACAACGACCUUGACUGCAUUGUGUCCAAGGUCAAGAUCAUCCAGGUCGAUCCCAAGCUCGACCGAGAAGCCAAGGAUCGACUGGUGGCUGACGCGGAUUUGUAUUUCGAUAUGUCCUAUAACGUCGCCUACUCGUCAUUUGAAAACAUCACAGCAGAUAUUAAUGACAACUCUGAGAUCUCAUUUGAUGGUGGAGAUAAUUCAGAGUCUAACGCUCCAGCAACAAAAGCUACACUUCUGGACCUUUACUCAGGCUGUGGUGGAAUGUCCACUGGCUUGUGCUUGGGUGCAGGAAUACUUGGUCUUCAGAUCGAAACACGAUGGGCUGUAGAUAUUAAUAUCAAUGCAUGCGAAAGCUUUAAGUGUAACCAUCCAAACACAAAGGUUCGUAAUGAAAAAGUGGAGGAUUUUCUUUCUUUACUAAAGAAAUGGUCUUUCCUAUGUCACAAGUACAUCGAUAAACAUAAUGGUGAUGCCUCACCUAGUUUGUUGAAGGAUGAAGGGGAAGAACAUGAACUUGGAAAAGGCAAGCUUGCCAUAGACAAACUUACCGCAAUCUGCUAUGGUGGCAUCGAGAGAGAAAAAUGCAUAUACUUCAAGGUGCAAUGGAACGACCAUCGAUUCAAGGAUUCCUGGGAGCCCAUGGAGAAACUCCGCGCUUACCCAGUGAAAAUUAAAGAAUUUGUUCAAGAAGGACAUAGGGAAAAAAUCUUACCACUACCGGGUGAUGUUGAUGUGUUGUGCGGUGGCCCGCCCUGUCAAGGAUUGAGCGGGAACAAUCGGCACAGAAAAUGUGACAAACCCUUGGAUGAUGACAAGAAUAGACAGAUUGUCACAUUUAUGGACAUCGUUUCCUUCCUUAAGCCAAAAUAUGUGCUUAUGGAAAACGUCGCGGAUAUUCUUAAGCUCAAUGGUGGUUCUGUUGGUAGGUAUGCUUUGAGCCGUUUGGUGGCACUGAACUAUCAAUCUCGGAUGGGGUUGAUGGUAGCCGGUUGCUAUGGGCUGCCACAGUUUCGAAUGCGAAUGUUCCUAUGGGGAGCCCUACCGACCAUGGUGCUCCCAAAGUAUCCCCUCCCAACACAUGACGUAGUAGUACGUGGCGGAGCACCGAGUGCCUUCUCUCAAAGUGUUGUUGCAUAUGAUGAAAAUCAGAAACCAACCUUGAAGGAGGCUUUGUGUCUUCGUGACGCCAUUUCAGACCUGCCCAAGGUAAGCAACAAUGAAGCUGCCGAUGAAACUGUGUAUAGGGCGAAAGCAGAGACAGACUUCCAGCGCUAUAUUCGGCUAAGUCGUAAAGAGAUGCUGGACUACUCAUUUGGUGAUAACAAAGGUCCCUCGGAAGGUAAGCUCCUCGAUCACCGGCCUUUGAAGCUGAACAAAGAUGACUAUGAGCGUGUGAAGCAAAUACCGUAUCAGAAGGGAGCCAACUUCCGUAACUUGACAGGCGUCAAGGUCGGCCAGGACAAUGUUGCGUAUAUGGAUCCUACUGUUAAGCCGCCCUGUCUUGAGUCUGGCAAACCAUUGGUUCCUUACUAUGCGCUGAAGUAUGUGAAGGGCAAGUCGUUAAAGCCUUUCGGACGGUUGUGGUGGGACGAGACAGUGCCGACGGUUUUCACCAGAGCAGAAUCGCACAACCAGAUCAUACUACACCCGGAGCAGGCGCGGGUGCUGACGGUGAGGGAGAACGCUCGGCUGCAGGGGUUCCCAGACUACUACCGCAUGUACGGCCCCAUCAAAGAGCGAUACAUUCAAGUCGGCAACGCGGUAGCAGUCCCAGUCGCCCGUGCGUUGGGCUAUGCACUGGCUCAGGCGUUCCUGCGUAAGACGGAGGGGAACAACAACCCGCUGAUCGUGUUGCCCGAUGACUUCUCUGACGUGGACGCCAUGAGGGCAAGGGCAUCGUCAUCUCUUGCGGAGGAGCUGGAAGGAGCUUCAGACCUGAGUUCAUCCGGGAACUAAUCACUAGCUAUCAUGGUAACUCGUUAGGAGCUGUUGUUAUGGUUGAUUGCUGAUGUUUUCAUUCCAUUUUUUCGGUGUGGUUACUCUUGGAAACAUGCCUGCAUGAUGAUGUCUGGUUCUUGAGUGAACGUUCAUUGAGUUUGUG